AUGCAUCAUAAUUGUCUCCCUACAAAUACAUGGAAACAAAACAAAAAGUUAAUAUCCACGGAUAAAUGCCCCGUAUGCCAAUUACCAGAAACUCUUAACCAUGCCUUCCUCCAAUGCGAACAUACGAAAAAAGUAUGGGAAUUCCUAGAAAAAUUCAACAAUAUUCAAAAACCAUGUAACGAAAAUGAACUCAAAUGGCUUCAUAAUAUACAUAACAAAGAGGUACCAUCUACAGUAUGUGAAUGGGAAGAUAUUGCUAGGGAAUUUGAUGAAAUGUGGCAAUUUCCUCAUUGCCUUGGUGCAAUAGAUGGAAAACAUGUACAGAUCAUAUGUCCUAAGCAAUCUGGAUCUGCUUAUUAUAACUACAAAGGAAUUUAUAGCGUAGUUAUGAUGGCAAUAGUACGUGCAGAUCUUUCAUUUAUAUAUGUGGAUGCAGGCACUAAUGGGAGACAGAGCGAUUCUUCAAUUUGGAAUGCAUCAAAUCUGAAGAAAGCUAUUGAUGAUGGAAAGUUAAACUUUCCACCAGAUAGUCCUCUUCAAAGUGGAGGACAGCCAAUUCCAUAUGUAUUUGUUACAGAUGAAGGAAUUGGUAUGUCUUCACGAGUAAUGAGGCCUUAUCCAAUGAAACAGUUGACAGCUGAGAAAUCCAUCUUCAAUUAUAGAUUAUCAAGAGCAAGGAGAGUCGUUGAAAAUGCAUUUGGGGUCCUAUCUUCUGUUUGGCGAGUCUUCUCUACGGUGAUUUUAUUAUCCCCAGAUAAGGCUGCAAAAAUCAUCCUAACAUGUUGUGUUCUUCAUAACAUGUUACGGGAAAGAAAAAUAAAAUCUUAUCUCACAGCUACUACCAGUGCCAACUUUGAAGAGCAACAUCAACAGUUUACACCUUUGGAAAACAGUCGAAAUUUAAAUCCAUCAACAACAGCAGCAAAAGCAAUUCGCGAUGAAUUGAAAACAUAUUUUAAUACUGUAGGCCAAGUAGAAUGGCAAUGAGAUGUAAAAUUAUUAAAUAAUAAAUAUGAAAUGUAAAAUUAUUUUAAAAAGUUUGGAAUUAUAAUUACAAGUCUUCAUUAUAAAUGAUAUACUAUUUUGAGUUAAGAAAUACAACUUUGAUACAAUAAGUGAAAAAUGUUUAUUAAUUUAAGAACUAUUUACAAUAUAUUUUUCUUCCUCUACAAGGAGAGAAAAUAUUUUAAGUUGCAAGUCCAAGGCAUUUUCCUUGGGAAGGGUUCUUAGUUUGGCAGCUAUAAGGCUGCCAAAUUCGUCAAAAGCAUCCUUCCUCGGUUCAUUACAGAGAGCCUGAAAAAAUAUUUAAUAAACAAUCUUAAAUGAAAAGGAAGACAUCUUAUAUUAUUUAAUAAUCAUCUUUGUAUUUGUGCAAUAUUUAUAAUAUCAGUUACUAAA